UUUUUCUUAGUAAAGUCGUUUUUGAUAGAGCGCACGAUAAACAGCACCGCAAAAGCACACAAGCAGAGAGAGAGAGAGGACGAAGACAAAACCAAAGAGCUUCUCCCGAGAAAAGAAAAAAAAGUAAAAUUCUCUUUUUGAUUUUUGAGAUUUUCAAUUCUGCUUCUCUGUAUUCAAUCUCGAGAAGACGAUCGGGGUUCUUGUUUUGGCUGUUUUGAUCUUGCUUAGUGAUGAUCGUUGCUCUUUAGGUUAGCAUAGAUGAAGAGUCUUCAGUUUUUGUAGUUUCUGAUAGAAAAACAGAAAAAAAGAAAAAGAAGAGAUGGGAGGUUGCUGUUGUUGCUCUUCGUCACGAAGAGCUGAUAUAGAUAAUGGACUUCCGUACUACUACGUUAGUUACCCGAGGGCAACAGAAGAGCGUGUGCCUUUAUCUUCUGCCCAUAACAGGACUUCCUCUGCAAUCUCUACGGGUGUUGUAGUAGUAGACACAAACUUAGAGACAUCAUCUCCCGAUGCCUAUAUACCACCACCAGCUCCUAUCCCUUUUGAUGUGGCUAUUGGAAUUCCUCAUACACCAGGAAAUGGUGAAGAGGCUACUUGUGUUGAUAUAAGAGAGGUUUCAGUGGAACCUGCUAAUACCGAGCCUGCUCAAGAAAUAGUCGACGGUAUUACUCUCGGGGUUCCAACUACUUGCUCACAUAAAGAAAUAGAUAGCAAAAUCCAAACAGAGAUUGAUCUUGAAUCUGCUGAAGAGAUAGACCCCAAGCUAUCAAAAGCCGUCUUUGUUCCAAUAGAGGAAGAGGAGGACUGUCCCAUAUGUUUGGAAGAAUAUGAUAUCGAGAACCCCAAACUUCUAGCCAAAUGCGAUCACCAUUUUCACCUUGCAUGCAUUCUAGAAUGGAUGGAGAGAAGUGAAACUUGCCCCGUCUGCAAUACGGAAAUGAUAUUUGACUCUCCUCUCGACUAGCAACACGCAAGUACCGGAGCUUAGAAGGUAUCCGAACAAAGAAACUGGAGAAAAGGAGAAGAAAACAUAAAGAAGGAAAAAAAAAAAAAACGUUUGGUAAGAAUACACUAAUAGUUGGAAUUUACAAAAACAUAUCAGUGUUGUUGAUUAUACAUAUGUUUGUACAGACGUUUCAAGUCGUCUACGAAAGGAGACUUAAUUAGAGUUUGUGUUUUAGAUUCA